UUACAGACAGAGAAUUCACAAACCCCCCCAAAACAGGCCUCUUGAUGCAGCAACUGUUGUUUUACUGACCGUGCACAUCAGUUUUUUACACUUAUCUUGUGUUGCGGACCAUCAGGACACAUUGGAUGUCUGAGUGGACUCUAAACUGUCUUCUGGGAUGAUCACAGUCAGAAGAUGCGGGUCUCUUUAUCAGAGACUGGAUGUCAAAAACAGGCUGGAUGUUAACCCUCCUCCAAUAUCAGGCAGCACCUUUAACCAACUCAGUUUCGUCAUGGCGGAAGGAAACGUAAUACCGAUGAUGAGGUAACGUCCAGACUGACAGGAGACAGCAGGAGACUGAAUCACGUGACAUCAGAGGACGAGGAUGUUGACCCAGUCGUUUCUGUCAUCCGAGGAGGUGAUGUGGAGGCUGUGAAUGAGCUAGUCGCAUCUUCUCCUCAGCGGCUGAUGAGGGAGAACACAGAUGGCUGGAUCCCCCUGCAUCAUGCUGCCUUCAGUGGGCAGCUUGAGUGCCUGAGGACCUUACUCAAAGCGCAUCCAGGCUCUGCAGACAAGCGCACUCUGCACGAACAGACGGCUUUGCUGCUCGCGGUAUCUGGUGAACAUUUAUCAUGUGUGAAGUGUCUUCUGGAGUCUGGAGCUGAUCCUGACAUCAGCAGCAAGAAUAAAGAAACCCCUUUGUACAGAGCCUGCAGUUUGGACAACGUGGACAUGGUGAGCCUCCUUCUCUCCUUCGGGGCUACAGUAAACCAGCGGUGCGGUCAGGGUUGGACAGCCCUCCAUGAGGCCGUAUCCAGGAGCAACAUAGCAAUGUGUGACAUCCUCAUAGAAGCCGGGGCCUCAAUCAACCCCUCUAAUUCUUACAGCAUCACGCCACUCAUUGUAGCAGCUCAGCGAGGACGCUCAGAAGCAGCCAGUUACCUCAUUGGAAAAGGGGCAGACGUAAACAUGCGGACGUGCGAUGGUGUCACAGCGCUGCAUGAGGCCAGCAAAAAUGGCCACAAGGACAUCGUGGCAGUAUUGUUGUCCAAAAAUGCAGACGCGAAUAAGCCCGCCGACUCAGGAUUGUUGGCUCUACAUCUAGCAGCUCAACAUGGACACCAAGAGAUAGUGUCUGUGCUUGCCCCUGUGACGAGCCGCACCAGGAUUCGACACAGUUGGAUCAGUCCUCUGCACCUGGCAGCUGAACACAACCAGCCCCGAGUAGCAGCUGCGCUCCUCAAGGCAGGUGCAGAUGUCAACGCCAUGCUGGCCCCCUCUCGUGCUGCGCUCUACGCUGAUGGUCGCACGACAGCCCUUUACUUUGCGGUCGCCAGCGGCUGUACAGAGACUGCGGAGCUGCUCUUGAACGCAGGUGCCAGUCUCGACUUGGACCCCAUGAGUCCUCUGCUGCUGGCCGUGCAUGGAGGCAGCAUGGACACUGUGACCCUGUUGCUGCAGAGAGGGGCUGACAUCAACGUCAGAAUCCCAUCUUGGCCCACAACGUUCCCUGCGGUUGUUGCGCUCUGCCUGGACAAUCUGCCUCUACUCCAGUGUCUUCUGGUUAAUGGCUGUGAUGCCCUCUCCUGCUUCACAUGCACAUAUGGCCCAGGCUCCCAUCCAGAGCAAUCUCACAUGAGAACUACUGGCAACAUGCUUCACUUACGCCGCUCUGAACCACCACAUGAAGUAACACAGUUUUGUGAAUGGAUUUCAACAUCGCCUAUGAGCAAAUGUGCCGGACCGAUCAUAGACUUGCUGCUGGAGCAUGUUGCUCAUGUUCAGUUGUGCAGCAAACUCACCCAACUGCUAGAGAGCCACCAUGAAUGGAGAGCUGUAAAGAGGAAGUCAAUGUCACCUCGUUCGCUGCGGCACCUUUGCAGAUUAAGUGUUCGCAGCCAAGUGGGCCCACGCAGACUGAGAUCCCUCACAAGCUUACCUCUGCCAGGAAGACUGAUCAGAUACCUCACAGUGACGGACUGAUAAGAUGACCUCACGUGGCAUCUCAGCCAUGAAGUACAUUUAUAUUUGUCUGUGUCCUUUUUUAACUACAUCUAAUAUAUCUGUAAAGCGCUCUAUCUAUUUAUAAGCUCUUAUCAUGUGACUUUCUCUCCUUUUAAGAUGAUUUUUUUUAUUUUAUUUUAAUUUCACAGGAACCCUCGAUAAAAAUUAACUUAAGCCCACGGGACUUCUUGUGGGAAUCGUUUAUUUAAGAGAUGAAAGCAGCUGUAUCAAACAUUACUGUGACAAAGACAAUCAAAUCCACAUUUCUUGUCUUUUCAUUUGAGAUACCUUGAAGAGCCUAAAAGUAGAAACCUGUCAACUUACUGUGUGGCAUCAGAGAAACAGAACAUGAAGAAGUGCAUUUUAGUCCUCUAGAGGUGAGCAAAAAAUAGUAUUCCAUUAAGUGCUUGAGGAAGUGUCUCAUUAUCGAUUGUUGAGAUGACAAUAAUUAGUUGUAUUUGUUAAAUGAAGCCAAACACGCUGAAGAUAGGGGAUGGGAUAGCGGGCUUGGUGGGUAUAGGUUUGACCACAACGUGCGUAUGGAUCUUCUGCUCUGCUCUCUCAGGCUCGGCCUUGCACCACAGUCCUAUAGCAGGAUGCGGCACCAUGAUGUGACCCUGGAUGACCUGCUGCUGGUGUUGGUGGUGGAAUUGGAAAGGGCAGCAGGCACACACGCUCAAGCCACGAUGAGAGGUCCGCUCCAAUUUGAGAGCCUCUUUGUAGACCUUUGCGUCCUCAUCGUGACCUUUCCUGUGGUCUCUCGUCUCUGUCGAUGCUGGGUGACUCAU